UGGUCUGCUGCGAGAUGAGGAAGAAAGUGAGGAGGAAGGAGUGCACUGAACUUUAAAAAGCUCAAUGCUCAACAGGCUGGCUGCCAGCUCGGGUGCAGAGCGGCGGUGUAAAUUUGGAUUAUUUUUCACCGUCUCUAAUUGAGAAGGAACCCUGAUUUUUGUGAGGAUGCACUGAGGACAAAGUAAAGAUGGAAGUGGAGGAGAGCGAAACAAGGACUUCCUGGUCUGGCAUGUCAGGCGAGUCUCAUUCAGUCCUCUAUGACCAUGCUGGGAAGAAGAGAAAACAAGACCCGCUCUCUGAACCUGUGAUCAGAAUCAUGGAAGAUGAUGAGGAAGACGAGGAAGGUGAAAUGACACCAGACCACAUGAAGGACUCAGAGGAGCCCAGCAAUAAAAGAGUAAAGCCCGUGGCAAAGUCCAACAGCCUGACCGGCGUCCUGACCCCGGUGAAGACCCCUGCCCUCAAACGCAUCGGCCAGUCCAUUUCGCGGUCAAUAAGCUUUCGCACGGACGCCCGACCUUUGCCCCCGGCGCCCCUGCGCUCUCGCGCGAAGGCCUCGUCGUUUCCACGGCGACGCAACAGCCAGUGCUGGAGCGACACGGUCGAGAGCCACGACCUCACCGCCAAGGAGAUCAAACGUCAGGAGGUGAUCUACGAACUGACCCAGGGGGAGAGGCAGCUCAUAGACGACCUCAGCUUGGUCAAGAAGGUGUACUACGAGCCCAUGCUGAAGCUGGAGAUUUUGACGGAGGCCGAGCUCGGAAUAAUCUUUGGCACUCUGGACUCGCUCAUUCCGCUCCACGAAGAUCUUCUAGAGCGCCUUGAACGCCUGAGAGGCUCAGAGAAGACGGUCGGUGAGGUCGGGCCCACUCUGUUGGAUUGGUUCCCCUGUCUGGAGGCCUACGUCACAUACUGCUGUAACCAGGUGGGGGCCAAGGCCCUGCUGGACCAGAAGAAGCUUGAGAAGAAAGUGGAGCACUUCCUGCGCCUGUGCCAGGAGUCUUCGUUCAGCAGGAAAUUGGACCUGUGGAACUUUCUAGAUCUCCCUCGGAGCCGUCUGGUCAAGUACCCCCUGCUGUUAAGAGAGAUCCAGAAGUGCACGCCCCCUGAACACCCGGAUGAGGACACGCUGCCCGAUGCUUUGGAGCUGAUUCAGAGCAUCGUGGCUGAGGUGAACAAGAAGACAGGCGAGGCAGAGUGCCAGUUCUACAGACGAGGUCUCGUUUACCUCGAAGACAGUCAGAGGCUACCAGAGAUCCACCAGUCUCGCUUCAUCUACUGCCACGGAGAGCUGAAGAACAAUAAGGGACAGAGGCUGCAUGUUUUCCUGUUUGAGCUGGCUCUGGUGCUGACCAGACCAGUGGAGGACAGGGACUUCGGGCAGUUGUUUAACGUGUACAGACAGCCACUGCCCAACGCUUUGAUAAAUCUGGAAGAGAUCCCAGAUGGCGAAGCUGGUGGAGGCGGCACCUUCAGAGGAGCAUUCACUGGGGGGAAUGAUAAAGUGAAGAACUGCUUCCGUGUGAGCAGCAGAGGGCGCUCCAAAGUGAACCCUUACAGCCUGCAGGCCAACGACUCCUUCAGCAAGCAGCAGUGGAUCACCUGCCUGCGCCAGGCCAUCGUGCAGUCGCGAGACAGGACCUCCCAGACCAGCCAGUCGCAGCUCUCCCCUCACCCCGAUCCCGCCCUGUGUCACAUCGCAGAGCUCAGCCUCAGCUCAGACACAGACAUGGCAGAUCACACCAAUAGACAGACCAAGAGAUCAGCUGUGAAUGUCAACUCCCGUCACUCUCCUGGGAAAGCAGCAAACCACUCAAUUAGACGCUGUCUCGGAUCGCUGAUGCCCGGCUCCAGCAGUGUGAACGUGGACAACUCUUGUGAGGCGCUGUGCCGAACGCUGGUGUCCCAGAAGGGCCUGCAGAGAGAGACAGCCGACAUCUCCCAGUCUGUGCUCUACACAUCGCUGAUGGGUCUGCUUCUGGUUGCGGACAACGAGAAAGAGCCACUCGCCUUGGGAAGCGGAAGGGUGGGCCUCAGAAACAUAGGAAACACAUGUUUCCUGAACGCAGUGGUCCAAUGUUUAUCGCACACAUGUGGCCUGCGGAACUACUGUCUCCUCAAGUCCUACAAGCACGAGAAGUUCUCAAAAGACGACGCCAAGCUCAUGGAUGCUUUCUCUCAGGUGCUGUCAGGCCUGUGGGACGUAAAUGAAGCCGAUGCGGUCGUAAAUCCACGUCAGUUUUACAGCAUCUUCAAAGAUGGGGUGCCUUACUUCAGUGGUUACAGUCAACAGGAUGCUCAGGAGUUCCUCAGGUUCCUACUCGACAAGCUGCACACUGAAAUAAACCGGAGACCCCACACUCGCAGAGCGGUGAAGGAGCCUGAGCAAAAAUAUGCCAGAUUUAGACUGUCGGAGGAGGUGGCUGCCAUGUGGAAAAAACACUUGGAGAGGGAUGACAGCGUGAUUGUAGAUCUGUUCUCUGGCCAGCUUCGAAGCUCUCUGCAUUGCUCGAUCUGCUCGCACUACUCCAACACGUUCGACGUGUUCUGCGAUCUGUCGCUGCCAAUCCCCAAGCGGAGCUCUGGAGGGGAGGUGACCCUACGGGAGUGCCUGGAUCUCUUCUCUCAGGAGGAGAAACUGGACAAGGAGAAUUCACCAAUGUGUGAGAGGUGUAACAGGCGUACGGAGUGCACAAAGCGGCUGUCCAUUCAGAGGUUUCCCCAGGUUAUAGUGAUCCAUCUGAAUCGUUUUACAACAUCGAGGUGGUCUAUCAGUAAGAGCACGGUGUACGUGUCUUUUCCACUCACUAACCUGGACCUUGGACCCUAUGGACCAGUCGACUCAGGUUCAGUUCUGUAUGAUUUAUAUGCAAUAUGCAACCAUGCAGGGACAGUGAACAUGGGUCAUUACACAGCCUGCUGUUUAGAUGAAAAUGGUUGGUGUUUCUACAAUGACUCCAGUGUGUCCCCACUCACCGAGAACCAGCUUCAGACCAAUCAAGCCUACGUUCUGUUCUACCAGCGCAGCAACAGCACCGUCAGGAAAUAGACCUGCCACUGGCUGAGCCAGUCAGACAAAACUUUACCCCAGUGUCCGUAGAAUCAAACUGAAGCCCAACAUCUCCAGUGAUUACUUCCCAAUUUCACUGGCCACCAUCUCAAACUAUGAGGAAGACGAAGAAGAAAUAAAGCCAUGUUGACUUUUACAGAGUUUAAAUCUUGGGACUGUUGAAAAAACUGAGACAGCUCUGACAGACUGUAGCCAUAAGGGUUUGUGUACUGUAGUCAACAGACAGAAACGAGUGAUGGACUUAUUCACCAUGCAGAGCUCUUAAUGUACAAUAAUCAUGCGUCAUUCAGGCUUGCUAAUAUAAACCCAAAUAAACAGAAAUUAUUUUUUUAAUUUAACAGAAAAUAGGGAAUUUUUCCUGAAUUGAGUUGUGUAUAAAGUUUUAAAAUAUUUUAUUGAUUAUGUUCAUCUUUAACCCUAUAAUGCCAUAUGUAUCAUAUUUGUUACAUACUGAAAUGUUUUGCAUCUCAGACCUUUUGCAUCCUUUAAUGGUAAAAACUUUGCUCAAAACCCUGUUGUACACAAUAAGAUAUACCUGAUAACAGCGGACAGAAGACUACAUGAAAAUAGAUUUGACUUAUUGCACGGUAAUAAAUAAUGAAUAUUCCAAAAUGAUUUCUGUUUAUUUUUUCAUAUUUUUGUCAAAUGGCCAAAUAAAGACUUCAAACAAAAAAAAUCUUUUUAAUUGUUCUUGGGUCAGGCUUUCAAGUAUUAAGUCAAAAGAAUGACCCACA